CACCAACCCGAGUCCAUUUAGGCACCUAAAUUUUUAUUCUAUAUAUUAGGCAUCGGAAAAUCAAAGACUUAUCAAAAUAUCCAAAUGCCGUCAACAGAGGAACGAUUCUCAUAAAUUGAUAUCUGUUUAUUUCAGAAGACGUCGAGCAUUGCUUUGUGGAGGUUGCGGCGAUUCGUUGUUUGUGUCUGGGCGCUGUGCAGGGGCAGAUACAGACGGCGAUUGGUUAUUGAACACUCAUACAGCGGCCUCUGUGCUAAGCCUUCAGUAUUCCUCCCAGCAGCUCAUAACACGGCCCUACUUUAUGUCAAAAUGAUGUCGACUUUUAUUAGAAAUCGCUCAGUGUAAACUCGGUUUUUAAUUUCGUCUUCAGGAUUUUAAAAUUUGGAUUUGCGUGUUCUUUGAAGUUUAAAGGAUUUUUAACUGUAUCUGAAGGAAAGCAACAAUCUGCAUUUAUAUAUUCGCCUUGGACGUCAAAUUUUCAGCAAUGUCUGAAUACCUCUCAGAGACCACCGUUAGCAAUAGCAGUGGGGACCAGCGCGCCAUGGACAAUCAGACGAUUCUACAGUCUAUGACGCUGGAAUUUCCUGAGGACUACCUCUCAAACGGAACCUUUGUGCCCUAUUUAAUCAUCCCCUUCCCAAAGAAUCUAGCCUUCCCCGUGUAUGGUGUUUUGGUCCCCAUUAUCACUGUACUGACGCUGGUGUCCAACGUCCUCGUCAUCUGUGUUUUCUUGAAGAAGAAGAUGCGUUCAGUGACAACGCUUUUUCUCGCGGGAUUGGCAUGUUCGGAUACACUCUCCGCUAUUUUGUGGUGUGUGGUACACCUCUAUUUUUAUGGAUUCAAAAGCGACUACACAGUCCCGGUCCAGCAUCCGCUGUGUGUUUUUCAUGACUACGCUUUAUAUUUAGCGGUGAUGUUUCAUGCGACGUCAGUCUGGCUCACUACAACGCUUGGCGUACAGCGAUGCAUCAUUGUCGUCAAACCGUUCUGGGGACCACGAUUGUGGACAAUGAAGAAGUCGGCCUUCAUGACCCUUUUGGCUUAUCUAUUGUCUGUGAUGUUUUUUCUUCCGUUGUUUUUUAUGAACAAUUAUAAGAAAAUUGAAGUGACGGAGAACAAUAUAACGUCUGUCGUCUGCGGGGUAAGAGUGGACCCUUUCUUCGAAAAGAGACUGUAUGAGUACUCCAUUGUAAAUAAUUCUUUCCGUGGAAUAUUCGUACAGUUCCUGCCAUGCAUUUUGAUGCUGAUUACGACGUUCGUCCUGGCGUACAAAUUAAAACACGGCAAGAUUCUGCAGCGCUGCAUCUCCUCGGCGGCGGAGGGUCCAAAACGAGACUUCCAGCACCGACAGCGGACGACGUUAAUGGUGGUCAUCAUCAUGAUCAUCUUCCUCAUCGUGGAGAUUCCGAACGGCAUCGUCUUCGGAAUCAAAGUAUACGAAAACCUGUCCGACAAUUACAUCAUAGAAACUGAAACUGACUAUUCGAUAGCCAUUCUACAGAACUUUGUACUGUUGUUGAGCUAUCACUGUAACUUCUGGAUUUAUGUAGCGCUGAGCGCCAGGUUUAGAGAAACCUUAAAAGCGUUGAUUUGUGGCUUCAAAGUGAAGCAUACCUUUGAGCGAAUGAUGACGGUAAGUAGUUUUUCUCCCGCCAGCUCUUUGAAACGGAAGCGAGGGAUACGAUCCACCGGAAACGGAAGUGACAUUAAGUGCGACUUUGAGUCAAAAACUUAUUUCUCAAACCUGAAUGGAAAUAGCGAUUGAAAUAUAACAAUUGAUGGUUUUGUGUCCACUAUCAUCUUGAUAUGAAUAGGAUUUAUGAAAUCCUGUUUGUAUGUGGUUGAUUGUUACCAAAGGUCAAUACGGCCGCAUUUUGAGAUACUGUAAAGGGUUUAAGAGGAAUCUAAGCGAAAUGCUUUUUAUAGUAAAGAAACAAAAUAUGCUUAUCGUACAUUGUAACAUAGCAAUGCAAACAAAUACCAUGAACACCAUGCAUAUACAUUGCAUCUUGAUAUUGGUGUUAAAAUCAUGUGCAUCUAAUAUAUUAAUAAAGAAGUCUGCUUUUCA